AGAUUUAUCACCAAUGGAAUACUACCCCGAUCCCAAUCCGGCCCUACAUCUUGUCGUCUAUAGUGUAAACCAGAAGGGGCGUUCCGAACCGAUUGUCUUGGAAAAUAUACCCAUAAACGAAGCGGAAAAACGUACAGAUGGUCGUAUGGGUCUUUCAAUACUACCAUUGGCCGCUCUACUUACCGGAACCCUAUUCACUGUUGGCAUUGGAGUGCUCUUUGUUGUUGUUGUUGCGGUGCGAAAACGUCGAGAACAGGGUAGCCGUAGUAUGUGCGAUGAUAAGGAUAAACAUUUAGGCAUGGACGUAACAGUAACUGCACCAUUGGAGACAGGAGCUGGACAUCAAAGGCUUGUCGUUGCCUAUACACUGAAGCAGGGUAUUGAAAAACAACCAGACAUAUUGAGUGCUCAAAAAACGGGAAGUGCGACAUCCUCGCCGAUGGGCAACAGACCCAAUGCAUUGUGCAUAGGAAAACCCAAUUUCACGCCCGCAGACUAUGAUCCCCAAGGUAUGAACUACAAUGAUGUUGAUCAACAUAGCACUGCCUCAAGUCGGCAGAACACCCUGAAACUGACAGCGGAAGCACGGAAAGCCUACCAAAAUCAGCAGCUCCUCUACGACGCGCUUCCCAUCAAACCACUUCCUGAUAAUAUAGUCUGUGGCCCAAACAAUCUUCAGAAUUCCCGCCAUGACAUCAGUGCUCGAUACGAACACCCGCUCAGCAAUGCAAUCAAUUUCACAAAUUGCAGUGGCAGCGGGAUCGGCAGCGGCCCCGGCAGUGGGAGCAAUAGCACCCUAAACAGCAGUUGCGGCGUCAGUAACCAGCCUUCCCUACCCAAUAGCAUAGGAAGCCAUCACAAGCAAGCCGAACUCUCAUUGGCUGACUAUCUAUCGGCGAGUAGUAUAAUCGACUAUAAUCUCAGUAAUUCAGCGACAACAGGCACACUGCCCAAAUCAUCGGUGAAUCCUUCAACAUCCUCGAUAACGAGUAAAACAAACUCAAAUCGAAAUCACAUUAUAACGGACACAUUGCCCGGCCCCGAGAGUUGUGUCUAAAAAUAACGAAAAAUUAAAAAUUAUAUUUUACAUAUACAUACAUACCUACAAUCAAAGGAUAUCAGAACAUCAUCGCAUCGAAACGGACAUCGGACAAUUUUAGGAAACAAACAAAACCAAAAACUCAAAACAUUACAAUUAAUGAAAAUUAAAAAUUAAAAAAAUAAUAUUGUAUUAUAAAACAUGAUGUAAUAAAUAGAAAAUUGAAAAAAAUAACAACAACAACAACACACACAUGUAUCGAAAUAAGACUGGUCCAUAUAAAUUUUUAAUUAAAACGAAUUAACUAAAAAAAAACAAAAGAUUAUAAAAAAUAAACUAUUUAAUUUUAAGUAGAUAAUUUUAAAAAUUAGAAAUUAGGUACUGUAUGUACAUUGAAACAUAUGUAAUAUUGUAAAGUAUUAAACAACAACAACAAAAAACAGUAAAUAAUGUAUUUCUAAAUUAACAUUAAUCAUUUUAUUGUAUAAGUAAGCAAAUAAUGCGUUGAAUAAUGCUCCCUCUAUGCUUAGAUUAAGUUAGUAAACAAUUAUAAUUAUAUUAAGAAAAACAAAACCAAAACCAGCAAACAAAAGAUGUUUUCCAUAUUUAGAUUCAUAGGUCGAUUGGAUUUAUAACUCGGCUCUGAAUUCUGUAAAUACCUAAUCAAAGUAAACAUAUCUAUCCUAAUUUUUCUUUCAGUUCUUGUAUCUUUACCUUUUUAAAUUGCAUAUAAACCUUUAUACACAAGUUAUGCCUCGGAAUAGUUUUAUAUGCUUUCUGACUUUUUGUCAUAUCUUAGUCCUGCAAAUGGAAAAUCUUUUCGAAAUAGGG